CGUACAUUUUAUAAUCUACAGCCGGUGACCGGCUGGCGGCUACCAAUCAAAAUAGAUACAAAGCGAGCGUUUUCAGAUUUAAUUCACGCUUAAUUUUUUAUAGCAACAAACGUUUUGUUAGCUAUCUGCAUCAGUGCGGCCUUGCCUUGUCUCGACAUACGAUUUGUUAAGAGGUUAUGAUAACGUUUUGUACAAGAUAAAUAGGAAUUACGUAAACAAUGCAUUGUUUUACGUUUGUUGCCGUAUCGAUAUUAGUAUUCACCUUUACCUUGUCGGCGAGUGACGCGUUGACAACAAAUAUGACUAAAAAUCUUAAGGUUCUCGUGUCUUCCAAUGAUUUCGCCGAAAGCGGAAUUAAAAUACUCGAAGAGCAUUUCACAGUGGUCAAGUCACGUUAUUUCGGAUUCAAUGAGGAAGGCUUGAACGAGAAUAUGCAGGAACUCAUGAACCUGAUCCCAGGGUGUUCCGCACUCAUCUGGAUCUCACACCAUCCAAUUACAAAAGAACUCUUGGACAAAGCUGGUCCUCAGCUGAAGAUCGUGGCCACGGCAUCCGCAGGCUAUAACAAUUGUAAUGUACCCGAGCUAAAAGCGCGCGGCAUCAAACUGUCAAACACACCAAACGUACUUAGCGCUGCUGUCGCUGAAAUUGCGGUGUCCCUUAUGAUUGGUGCUGCUAGACGUUUCACUGAAAAUUUGGAUCAGGUGAAACGAGGCGAAUGGGAGGGCAUUGGCUUCCAAAACAUGCUUGGUCAGGACUUACGUGACAGCACGAUUGGUAUCGUGGGCUUCGGUGGUAUUGGGCAGGCCACGGCCAAGAGGCUGGUGGGAUUUGAAGUCGGCAAGUUUUUGUACAGCGGGCAUAGGGAGAGACCCGAAGCCAAAAACUUUGGCGCAGAAUUAGUCCCUUUGGAUACAUUAUUGUCUCAGAGCGAUUUCAUCCUGCUAUCAGCUCCUCUCACUGAUGAAACACGACACAUGAUCAACAAGACUUCUCUUGCAAAGAUGAAGAAAAAUGCCAUUAUUGUUAAUGUUGGUAGAGGAGAUCUGAUCAAUCAAGAUGAUUUGUACGACGCUCUGAAGAACAAACAGAUUUACGCAGCUGGCUUAGAUGUUACUACCCCGGAACCUUUGCCUAAGGACAACAAAUUGCUGACUUUACCCAACUGCUUUAUUCUGCCCCACAUUGGCAGUGCCACAGUACGCACAAGGAAUGACAUGGCUGAGCUGGCGGCUAAGAAUGUUGUAAAUGCAUUGUAUGGACGAGCUUUGAUAUCACCAGUUUUACCUUAAUCUACUUAUUUGAAUUUGUUUUUCAUUAGACCUUGAUUGUCAACCGUAUUGAAGUGUUAUAAAAUUGUGCAAUAAUAAAUGUGUUACAUUGUCUAAAUUAGAAAAAA